UUUAAACGGGAGCUGCUCUUGACCGCUAAGCCAGAACGACAUGCAUCUCGAAGAUGCCAGAAGCUUUUACCGAGGCCGUUGGCGCGUCAUUGGUGCAUUGACCGGCAGUAUCCAAAAAGUUUCCGCGACUUCCUCGUCAACGCCAGAAAGCAACACUUGCGCAGCGUCGAGCCAUCACACUCAUUUGCAGCCUUGCUUCUGAUCUUCCAACAUGAGUUUGGUUGCCCCGCUGUCGUUCAAGGCUGCGGCCCCAGCGCGCAUCGUGUCUGCCACCCGGCAGUGCCAACGAAGAAACAUAUCGCAGUCCUCCCGAGCGCAGUCGAAGAGACCUAGCAUCGCAGCGCGGAACCAGCAGCAACAACAUGUGUCGUCAACACGAUUCUUCCAUGCUACACGCCCCGCACUGGCGGUAUCCGACCCCUACAAAACCCUCGGCGUCGACAAGAAUGCCUCCCCCGCAGACAUCAAGAAGGCCUACUACGGUCUAGCGAAGAAGUACCACCCAGAUACGAACAAAGAGCCCACCGCAAAAGAUAGAUUCUCGGCCGCCCAAUCCGCAUACGAAAUUCUGUCGGACGCCGACAAGAAAAAAGCAUACGACUCGUACGGCUCGGCAGCAUUUGACCAAAAUGGCGGAUUCAACCCAGGCGCAGGCAGCGCAGGGCCAGGUGGCAGUCCUUUUGGUGGAGGCUUUGGCGGAGGCUUUGGCGGAUUCGGAGGCGCGCAGGGCGCGGCGGGCUUCGGAAACAUUAACUUCGAAGACCUGUUCGGCGCAUUCGCUGGAGGACGGAGAGGACGCGGUGGGGGUGGAGGCGGACGACAGGCCCCGUUCCAGGAAGAAAUCUUGGUCGGCGACAAUAUCGAAGUCCAAACCAACAUUUCCUUCCUCGACGCUGCGAAAGGCGUCAAGAAGGAAAUCCACAUCAACCCACUGGUCGAAUGCGGGACUUGCAACGGCAACGGCAUGAAGCAGGGCGCCAAGCGCUCCGAGUGCAAAUCCUGUGGCGGAACAGGGUCACGCGUAACUAGCAUGGGCGGCUUCCAUAUGAGCGCGACAUGCGCCGCCUGCGGUGGCAGUGGAUCCGCCAUUCCUCGUGGCUCCUCGUGCGGUACAUGUAGCGGCAAUGGUGCUGUCCAUGAGCGCAAGAAAAUUUCCAUCGACAUCCCCGGCGGCGUUGAAGAUGGCAUGCGGCUCCGUGUCACUGGCGAGGGCGAUGCGCCGCUCACAGGCCAAGCCAUGUCGUCUGGUAAUGUACACGGCCAGAAAGGAGAUCUCUAUGUCCUUAUUCGGGUCGCCAAUGAUCCCAAGUUCACGCGCAAUGGGAGUGACAUUCUGCACACGGCGACCAUUCCCCUCACCACCGCUGUGCUGGGCGGCGAAAUCAAGAUUCCAACUCUGGAUGGGGAGGUUAUGGUCAAGGUGCCCACCGGCUCAGGGACAGGCGACCGCGUCACGCUAUCGGGCAUGGGUAUGAAGGUCCUGUCCGCUGGGCGACGAGGGGGCAAGGGCGAUUUGAAAGUGGAAUUCAAGGUCAACAUGCCGAAGUACCUGAGCGUCAAUCAGAGGACGAUUUUGGAGAUGUUAGCCGAUGAGAUGGGGGACAAGCAUGCGAAGCGAAUGAUGAACUUGGGGGGUAUGAACGACGGCAAGACACAGGCACAGACAGAGGAAGACCAUAGGAACGAGGGAUUUCUGAAGAGUGCGUGGCACAACAUCACAGGACAGCACAAAAACUUGAGGAAUGAGGACGGGACACCGAGAACAGAUGGGAAGGACGAGGACCCGAAGAAGGGAUCUGGAUCGAAGUGAGGAGGUGAAUGAUUCAUGUGUACAUUAACUAGACUGGCGUAAUUGGCGGCAGCAUGUCUGCCAGAAGGCCAUUUGGUAGCAUUUUUGGUGUCGUUUAGCAUUGGAGUUGGGUUACGAUUAGAUGUUGGAGAUGGAAAACGUGUAGUACGAUAGUUGUUGGGCCUCUCGACUCAGGCUUGUAUAUUAUCUCGUUCGCUUUGUGUCGUUGACGAUAAGAGACUUAGUCCGCUUUUGUUG